UAAACGCACUAAAGAUGCAGACGCUUCAAGUCAUAAAAUAACAGAUAAAAAAAAAACUGUGAUCUUUUCUGAAUAUCUUCUUUUGAAAGAAUUGACAACUGUAGCAAUGCUGUCCGUAGCAAAUCUCAUAGCAUUUAUUGCAUCAAGAGGGCGAGGAUUUUCAGGAGGACCUCUUUUCCAACAGAGGUACCAGCACAAUUCACCUGGUUUAGUUGACAUGGUGAGGAGCUUCAUUCCAUCCCUGGUGGCUGAGUCACAUAAAGGAGAAUGUGGAAGGAUAGGAAUUGUUGGGGGCUGCAAAGAGUACACUGGUGCUCCAUAUUUUGCUGCAAUCUCUGCUUUAAAAGUGGGAGCUGACUUAUCCCACGUGUUCUGUGCCCAGGAGGCAGCCCCUGUGAUCAAGGCCUACAGUCCAGAGCUCAUAGUGCACCCCAUCCUAGAUAGUUCCAGUUGUGAGCGGGAGAUGUCUGAGUGGUUACCACGGUUACAUUCCGUUGUGCUAGGGCCAGGCAUGGGGCGCAGUGACGCUAUCGUCGCCAAUGCCCGCACCAUUAUUUCAAAAGUGAAGGAAAAAGGCAUUCCACUGGUUAUCGAUGCUGAUGGCUUGUUUGUUGUGACCCAGGACCCAUCAGUGAUUUCUGGAUACCAAGCUGCAAUACUCACACCUAACAUUGUUGAGUUUGCAAGACUGUACGAAAAAGUGGUUGGAGGCAAGCCUGAUGGUGUAGACCCUGCAGCGAGCGUCAAGACCCUGUCAUCCAGGCUGGGUAAUGUCACCAUCGUUCAGAAAGGGGCCAGUGACAUCAUCUCUGACGGGAAUCAAGUUCUAGUGUGCUCCAGUGAGGGGAGUGCCCGCAGGUGUGGAGGUCAAGGUGACCUGCUGUCAGGGUCGAUGGGUACGUUUGCAUACUGGGCACACCGGGCCUGCCAGGAGAACAUGUCUGUCAAACAUGUAGUGAGACAAGACUGUUUGAUGGACAGGGGGAGAGUGCACAAACCAUCACCCUACCUUGGUCAUUGAGUACAGAAACAUCACACCCUACCUUGGACAGGUUAAGGAGAUACAUCAACGGGAUCAUUGGAGAGCUGUGUAGCCAAUCAUCCUUGCUUGGUCAGAAAGCUGAUAUGUUUUGAUAGGGGUCAUAAGAUAUAUUGGCAUUUUUGCUAUUUUAAUGUUGCUGGUGAAAAGAACAAGGCGUUUGAUUUUAAGAAAUAAGUUUAUUUCAGUAGCUUCCUUUCAAGGAUAUGAAAUUUGUAAAAAUUUAACUGAAUGUAUAAAUAUUAAGCAUUGUUGCAUUGAUGAAUCCUCGGUCAUGUUGUCCAGAGAAACAGAUAAUCCUUAAUAUGAACUCAUGUUCUUUCAAAUUCAUAGCAUAAAAUUGGUCAUUAAGAUACAUAAUAAACCCCUUCUGUAAGCAUUUAAGUUUAUAGCCUUUCUCAUUUACCUGGGACCAUCUAUGGUUUUCAAAAUAUUAUCAUGUUGACUUAUAUCUUUUAUUGUACUCUUUACAAAUGAAAAGCCAUCAUGAUGAAAUUCCGAGUCUUGGAGCAAACCUCUUUUUCAUUAACGCUCCUAUGAUUGGUAUGCUGGAGAAUGGAAAACACAGCUUCCGGAAGAUUGUGAAUUGGACGUCUGCAGUGUCUGUAUGUGAAGUAUUAAACACAGUGUAAACAGUUAUAAGUGUAUGAGUGGUUCAUAUGGCACCAGCAUGUUGUUAUUAAAGUAUGCAUUCCAUACCAUUAUUGCAUUCAUAUAUAAAGAUAUUACAAAGAAAUGUAUGUUUUCCCUUUGAUCAAAGGCAUAAAAUGUAAGAAAAAUGUAUGUAAAUAGAGGCUCAUGGUAUCUUAGUAUUAGGCGAAGAAAUUUUGGUUGAAAUUAUUUGGUUAAUUUAAUGUUACAGCAUAUCACAGUAGACAUUUCAAGUUUGAUAAAGAAAUAAAUAAUUUAAAAUAUAAAUGGAUUUGACUGUCACUGCUAACUCAAUCGAUCAUGUGUUCAACAGUUUUCGCUUAUUAGUGAAUCCCUCCAAUGCAUCGUCCAAGGCCUGUCAUAACCUUGUUAUACAUAGUUAUUUCUUCAUCAAAGGUAUCUCUUUCAAAUUUAAAGGUUUUAUUAUGUCUUCAGCCACCUUUCAAGCUUCACGAUAUCAUUAGCAGAUGUUGGUGCAUGUGAAUUUUCUGAUUCAAACAAAGGCUACAUCAAAAAAAGCAAACACAUCAAGGUUUUUCAUUUAUCUUGCAGUACCUUUUACUAUAAUUUGUUUCUUUUUUCUGUGUUUUCUGUUCAACAAUCCUCAUUUCCCUAUUUGUGGAUGUAUUUCCUACACUUACAGCAGAAUAUUAUUAAUUACAGACUUGUUUGCAAUAUAAACAGAGGCUGUCUUUAUUUUGUAAACCAAUCCUUAGAAUGAAUGUUUCCUUCAUUCCUGUGCAUGUUCUUAUUGGAUGUUUUGACACUUGAUCUUGAUUCUAUGGGUUGCAGAUAUUUUCAGAUUGCUUCUUGUUCAUUUCCUCUGAGAUUGUUUAGGCAUAUUCAUCUUAAUUUGUUACGGUACAUUUUGUAGAUUUCCAAAUGUUCAUUUUCAUUGUGUCAUGGAGCAGCUACAUUGUUUUAUAUUUGAAUGUGUUACUUUUCUCACCAAUAGUGCCCUUUUUGCUACUUAAAAAAUAAUUUCUGCU